GACUACCAUAUUCGUCAAUUUCCCGCCCGUCUUUUCCAAGCUGUUCCAGGCCUUUGCGAGCUUCAUUCCGAAGAAGACCCGCGACAAGUUCACGAUUCUAGGCGCUUCCGACCAGCAUCUGCUCUUCGAGAUGAUCGCCCCCGACCAGGUGCCAGAGGACCUCGGGGGCAUGAGCCGGGAGGGCCAGAGCUCGCGGGCGCUCGCGUCGGUGCCCUGCCGGCAGGUGUCGGUGAGAGCCCGGCAGGACGAGGAGGCCGCGCUGGUGGAGGUGGCCGCCGCCAGCCGCCUCGCGUGGGAGCUGCGCGUCUGCUCGGGCGAGGUGGGCUACAGGCUGGAGUUCGUGCCCGCGUCCGGGUCGCCCGCACAGGUCGUGAGCUGCAGCGGCCCUGGACAGCCCCUGCGGAGCAGCGCGGGCGUGAUCUCGGGCGAGUACGCGGCCCCAGAGGCCGGCUUGCUGCGGUGCGUCUUCUCCAACGGCGCGGCCUGGUUCGGGGCCCGCCUCUGCCUGUGCCGGGCCGCGAGCGUGGCGUGA